UCCUCAAAAGAAUUUCUGGGAUUCACAGAACCGAAAUAAGACACAAUAGGAGCAAGGUCAACUCUAAGCCACAUCGAUCGGCAAAUGCAUUUAAAUGUCUGGAGGUUAUAAAGUGCUGAUCCCAAGGAAACCAUUGAGAAAGGGUGGUACUUGGUCCAUUAAAGGUUCUACAGCUGGCGAAAGAACCAACCAAUUGUUUUGAUUUCACAAUCCGGCAGUGGACUUCGGGUUUAAACGUUGUUUCUUGGUAGCUGGCGGGACCUAUGUUAGAGCAUAGAGCAUGCAAGGACCAAGGUUAGAGGUUUCUAUUGCUACAAAUUUGAGCCAGCAAUUUGACGUUCAUUUGUAGCUUCUUCCCUUCAGCAUUAACCUUCGGGCUCGAAACAAAGACCCUUUAUUUAUUGUUAUCGGCUCAUGGUGAAAUUAAGCUGCCUUUUUGUGGACGAGUCUUCGAUUUACCGAAGGUCAAAACGUCAUCAAUUCUUGCAUUAUCGUCUGGAUCGGUAGAGAAGACGGAGGUGUAAGUUUUGGAACGUCUUGAAAUCAUCUUCUCCAAUUAACCAUCGUCAUGGAUGCUGCACUCAUGGUCGAGUACUCCAAGGAGAUGAAGAAGUUGAAAUCUCGUGUGGACACCGCCUCAGUCUCAUUCAGAGUCAACUUCUUAGAGUCCUGGACCCGUCUUCUCGAGGCCCUUUCUUGUCUCCACUACAUCACUAUCUUUAUCUUCCUUGGUCACGUCAGUCUUGGCAUCCUCAUCCUGCUGCUCUUCACUGACUGGUACUGGGUGACUCUAGUCUACGUUGCUUGGCUAGCCUACGAUUGGAACUCACCGUGCCGCGGGGCAAGGGGCAAAGCAUGGUUAAAAAGCUUUGAGAUAUGGAAGAGGGGGCGAGAUUACUUUCCGGUAAACCUGGUGAAGACGGCCGAGUUGGACCCGUCUAAGAACUACCUCAUGGGGCAUCAUCCUCACGGUGUCUUGGUGUUUGGAGCUUUCUUUAAUUUCGCUACUGACGCGACUGGAUUGAGCACCGUGUUUCCUGGGAUGAAAGUGUUCCUCAUGACGCUGCAUCAGAUGUUUAAGAUGCCUGUAUUCAGAGAAUAUUUCAUGUUAUCAGGUUCCGUUAGCGUACGGAAGGACAGUAUAGAGUGGGUCAUCAGUCAAAAUGGCGUUGGUAAUGUCGGUGUUAUAGUCGUAGGUGGCGCCCCAGAAGCUCUUGACGCACAUCCGGGAGUUCAUCGACUAAGCAUCAAGAACCGAAAGGGAUUCGUUAAACUAGCCCUCGUUCAUGGAGCUCACUUGGUGCCAGCGUACAGCUUCGGUGAGAACAAUGCUUAUGAUCAGAUCGACAAUGCUCCAGGUACGAGGUUGAGACGUCUCCAGAACGUCAUGACCAGAAUAUGUGGCUUCAGUCCACCUCUUUUCUAUGGUCGAGGUUUCUCUAUGUUACCGUAUAGGACUCCUAUCACCACAGUUGUGGGCCGACCAAUCGAAGUGGAGAAAACUCCAAACCCAACCCGCCAACAGGUUGAGGAUAUGCACGCCCUCUACGUCAAGGAACUGGUCGAGCUGUUUGAGACGCACAAGAGCAAGUAUGGAGUGCCGCCAGAGAAACGCUUAGAAAUCGUCUGAGGAUGGAGAGCGAUAUUAUUGGUUCCUGUCGUCCAGUUACCCGACCAUACAAGGGUGACAAUGACAUGCUUGUCCUUGGGGAAAGCGCAACUUUAUUUAGACUGGUCCCCGUCUUAAGAUAAAGACAGGCAUUGGUCUUACGGGUCCAAUGAUUUCAUUUGAUACAAUGAUUUCAUUGGAUAACCUUGCUGUGGUGAUAGCUUUCCGUAAUGUUAAGAUUAGUCCGAGAUGAUAGUGUCCGCUGUCGACCGUCUGCAUACAGCGUAUAAUUUACGUUUGCAGAAUAUUGUGUACAUCAUGUAGUAUCGUUUUAUUCACUAUUUGAAUGUAUAUGUACGUGUGAAUUGACUGCGAAUCUUUGUGUGAAAUGAUAACGAGGUCAAAGGUACAGUUACAAGGAUCCGAACAUCCGCUCAGGCUGGUAUCUGGCGUAAUUCACCAGCCUCGAGGUGUGACGUCAGAUGUUCUGGUUGAACUUAAUUAUGCUGAACUGACUGCAGGACAAACUUCUGUAAAAGCUGGUCGUAGGUUCAGACCCAACCGUCGCCGAUGAAUAACCAGCGAAGUAUUAUGUACACAGAGCUUUAAACAGCCAUUGGAGCAAUGCUCGAUGUGAAAGAGACAUUCCUGAAGAUGUUGUUUGUGAAUUUUUGUUUGUCAAACGGUGUGGCACAAAUAAUAAUAACCAGUUUUAUAUGAGCGCUUUUCACACC